UCAUUUUACGCAUGCGCAACGCGCCAUUGAAGGAAAUAGUGUGAGAAGCGAGUGAAGUGGGUCGGGGCUCGGCUCGAAACCUGAUUUGACUCUGACUUGAUCCGCGCUCUAGUUUGGAGGAUGUAAGGCUACAACUUGCGGACAAGGACUUUUUUCAAAUUUUUUUGUAACGUUAAACAGCUGGUGAAAUUUAUGACGAUAAUCCAGGAGGCAUACAGGAUCUGCACAGCCCCACCGCUGGCCCCGUCGGCACGGUAACUUGAUCUUGUCACCUUUCUGCCUUAUGCCGAGAGGUUUGUGGCGAGAGAUCUGCCUCAACUACAGCUGAAUUGCUUUUCAUCAACCCUGUGAAGAUCGUCUCUGCUCCGGCUUCCUGAUUAUGUGAAACUGUGUCAACAACAUACAUAUUCUCAGAAAGUGCAGUCAGAGAAGUCAAGAUGUCCAUCACCAACACACCUACCAGCAAUGAUGCCUGCCUGAGCAUUGUCCACAGCCUGAUGUGUCACAGACAGGGUGGUGAGAGCGAGACGUUUGCCAAGCGGGCCAUCGAGAGUCUGGUAAAAAAACUGAAGGAGAAAAAAGACGAGCUUGACUCCCUCAUCACAGCUAUCACAACCAAUGGAGCUCAUCCCAGCAAGUGUGUGACCAUUCAGAGGACACUUGAUGGACGGCUGCAGGUGGCUGGACGUAAAGGGUUCCCUCAUGUAAUCUAUGCCCGGCUGUGGCGGUGGCCUGACCUGCAUAAGAACGAACUGAAGCACGUCAAAUACUGCCAGUUUGCCUUUGACCUCAAGUGUGACAAUGUGUGUGUCAACCCCUAUCACUAUGAGAGAGUGGUGUCUCCUGGCAUAGACUUAUCAGGACUGACCCUGACCAGUUCUGGACCCAGCUCAGCACUGAUGGUUAAGGAUGAGUACGAUUUUGAUGGGCCGCAGAGUCUGCCUUCCAUCGAGGGAGGGCACUCCAUCCAGACCAUCCAGCACCCCCCAUCCGGCAGCUGCCCAGCCCCCUCUGAACCAUUUGCGACCCCAAACCUGCUCCCGCCUGCUGAGGCCUCCACCUCUGCCUCAACGUCGUCCUUCCCUGCCCUUGCUGCCGGAUCAGGCAGUGCCAGCUCAACCUGGUCUAGGAACAGCAGCUUCACCCCCAACAUACCCCACCACACCAACGGCCAUCUACAGCACCACCCUCCUAUGCCACAUCCUACACAUUACUGGCCGGUGCACAAUGAGCUCGCCUUUCAGCCUCCUAUAUCCAAUCAUCCUGCUCCUGACUACUGGUGCUCCAUUGCCUAUUUUGAGAUGGACGUUCAAGUCGGGGAGACGUUUAAGGUGCCCUCGUCUUGCCCCAUCGUGACAGUGGAUGGCUAUGUCGAUCCCUCAGGAGGAGACAGGUUCUGUUUGGGUCAGCUCAGCAACGUACAUCGCACUGAGGCUAUUGAGAGAGCAAGGCUUCACAUUGGCAAAGGGGUUCAGCUGGAGUGUAAGGGCGAGGGAGAUGUGUGGGUGCGAUGCCUCAGUGACCACGCAGUGUUUGUUCAGAGUUACUACCUGGACAGAGAGGCGGGCAGAGCCCCUGGAGACGCUGUUCACAAAAUCUACCCCAGCGCUUACAUCAAGGUGUUUGACCUUCGUCAGUGCCACAGACAGAUGCAACAGCAGGCUGCUACAGCUCAAGCAGCAGCUGCAGCACAAGCAGCUGCUGUGGCUGGAAAUAUACCUGGACCUGGAUCAGUAGGAGGGAUAGCUCCAGCUAUAAGUCUGUCAGCAGCAGCCGGUAUCGGGGUAGACGACCUCAGGAGGCUGUGUAUUCUCAGGAUGAGUUUUGUUAAGGGCUGGGGGCCCGACUACCCCCGCCAGAGCAUCAAGGAGACGCCCUGCUGGAUUGAGAUCCACCUGCACAGAGCUCUACAGUUACUGGACGAGGUUCUGCACACUAUGCCUAUAGCAGACCCACAACCUCUGGACUAAGAUCUUUAAAACUGCAGCAUCACACUGCAACAUACAGUGGCAACGGAAAGUCUUCCUUAGUGAACUGUUUUGCGUGGAGAAGCCAGUGAAACAGCUGUGACACUGAAGCUGAAAAAUAUUUCAGGUUUGUUUGAGGCACCUUUGUGCACUGUGGCCCCUACUUUUGCUUUUUAAGUCAGAGUGACACUAAAAUGAGCCAAAGCCAUAUAUUAAAGAUAUAUUUAUCUAUAUUUUUGAUAGAUGGCUUUGAUUUGUGUUGGAACGGUGAACUGUAGGACUAGAAAAAGACGUCACAGAUAAUUACAGUUAUAAAGCACCUGUACAUGCACAUAGAUGACCUGUAGAUCCCAUUAAACUGGAAUGUAAACAGACUACUCGGCGUCCCUGGAGUCCACAACCACCAACUACUGACGCACUGAUUCACUGAACAAUACAAGAACAUCUUGAGUGCUGUACAGCUGUGGGAUGAGAUGCUCUACGCAGAGGCUCUCAUAUCCAGUGUCUAAGCACCAGAGUGCUGCCGGUUUUCUACUCAUUCAAGCUGUUACAGGCUGCUUUACACCUGGGAUGACAAGCAAGUUCGGUCAACUGUCAGCUUGAAUAGAAAAGCAGCAGCACUCUGAAGCGCGAGGACCACUGCUCGACAGUGUUGAGGACCACCCAGCUGGAUCAGGUCAUACUAGACAUUCACAGAAAUCCACGAAUAUCACAGAGCAUGAAAUGAGAUGCACCAUGCCUAAAGCCAACUCUCAACCUCUGAACUGAAACAAGGUCAAGUUUUGGACUACUCUAGGUCAGGUAUUGUCAAACUGCAAAUUUGGACCUUAAAAACUGGUUGCCCCCCUCUCAAUUAAACAAGAUUGUGGACUAAAGGUAGAGCCUCCAGGUUUCGAACCAGACAAUAAUGUCCUCCACUACACAUCACAGUCACACUUAUGCAGGUUUUCUAGGGUGUUUAAUGUUGAAUUGCCCACUGAUGAUACAAUAUAUCUGUUUUCACUGAUUUCACUGUGAUUAUAUCAUUUCUUCACUGACUCAAACAACCACAAAGUGAUGACAAGAUGCUCAUUUAAGUGAUCAUUCAUCACUGGUCACUUUCCACCAUGGUCGCCUCCCAUCUGUUUCAGGUAUGGUUACUGUUUUGGAAAACGCCCUCUUUUAUGCUGCCACAAAGGAUGAAUUUCAUACACCAUCUGAACUGUUUUCCUUUUCUCACUUUCACACCGAGAGAAAAAAAAAAAAAAGAAACCAGCUGGGAUACUUUUGGUUCAGUAAGACUGAAGUGGAAAAGAGAAGAGGCAGACAGUUGUGGUGUCUGAAACUUAAUCAGUACAAGGAACAGGGUUUAUCAAUGUUUUGGCAAACCAAAGUACUCAUGAGAUCAUAAGUGAUCAUGAGAGCGAGAAGUCCAGUGAGCUGCUGGACUUUGCCUCGGUUGUGUUAAUUUGGAGGUUUCUUUAAUUGAUUUUUAAAGGUAAUUACGUUUAUUUGUAUUCAUCUCAAUUUUAUCAGUUUUUAUCUCCAAACAAACAUGACAGUCUCCACUAUAGUUGAGAAUCAUUGUACUUAAAUAUCUUAUGACUUGCAGCCCACUUAUAUACUACUUGAUCCAGGUCUCUUGUGUAUAGUUUACUAAGAGAAUUUAAGACGGUUUCCCAGCAAUAUUGAAAUAUGUUCUUAGUUUUAUUUUGUUACUUUUAUUAAUUGAUUUGUAUUAUAUUUUUAGCACUUUACUUAAUUUUUCUUGUUUUUAAUUCAAUAACCCUUAUUUUGAGGUGGUUGUCCUGCGAUUAUGAAUAAGGGAGUGAAUAGGUUGGUCUAUAUUUUAUGUAGGAUUGUGAGCAGAGGCAACAUUGUGAAGCAUUUGUAUUGAAAACAUUUGUAACACUAAGACAUCUUUUUAAAAGCUGUUUUUGCCCUUUCACUCUAUCGGCAUUUACACACAUCUGUAGGGUUUCUUUUGGCUUCUGAAUUGCAGUCAUUUUCUUUUUGGUUCCAGUUUUUAAUUUUUCUUUUUAAUCCAUGUAAAUAACUUUGUUUUUGAAACGCAUGUCAAUGUUUGCAUGAAUUUUAAUGGCAAAUAGACCCCUUUAUCCCUACCCCCUUUUUAAAAUAGAGUACUUCACUUACCCUGCCUUACAUAGGGAAACUAGACUAUCUGAGGAGAGUAGAAACCAGCACCUGCUGUAUACUGGUGUGUUGCUGUUUUGUGAGAACAGCAUUAAAAGCACACAGAGGGAAACUACAUAGUCAUAACUGAUGUAAAUGUAAAUCCAAUUUAAUUAUAUAAACUCAUCAUUUUAGCAGUGAAGCUCCUAAAGAAGGCAACUUGUCUCCCAAGACCUAAUUUUGUAUAAAUACAGUAACAGUUAUUAGUGUGCAGCCUCACUUUGGAAGUAAAAUGAGUACAAGCAUGAUAUUUUCUCUCUUGCAGGUAUUGAAAUAGGUGAUGGUAGUUUGACGCACAGAAAUAAUUUGAUUUCAACACAAGUCCCCUCCUCUGCCCCCAUGCUGCAUGUGAUACUGUUUUUUUAAAAGGCAUUUGUUAUAGAUUACACACAAAUUGAUUAGGAAUACAAAUUUCAUUUACUCACCUCAUGUUGAGACUCACAAACAUCUGUUCAUGCUUGUUAUUUUUUUCACACCAAACUGCCAUACAGUAUUUUCUUUCUGGUCAUCUGUUAACUAUUUUUUUGAACAAUGCUAUCUUACAGCUGAAAUGGAAAAAGACAAAUUGGAUUUGGUUUAGUUGAAAUUUGGGGUCUUUUUUGUUGGAGGAAAUUAUCCACUUUGCUAUCCAAUUGCUUUGCCUCCUCUCUGUCCCAUCUGAUUAUUUCACUAUAAUUUGAAUAGCAUUGUUUAAAAAGAAACGUUUGUCCUACAUCAGGGAUUAAGAGACUCCAACUUUGGGAUUUAUUUACAUAAUUAUGCAUCUGACUGAUGGAAUGGCAGGAAACAGGAUAUUAUGAUUAUAUAUUACUGAAAGAAACUGAUGCUGAAUUCUGUCUGGAGAAACUAUAUUCUGUUGUACUUUAAGGUGGACAGAUGUUUUUAUAUUACUUGCAGUUAUUAUAGGAGCCUAAAGACACAGCUCAAAUGAGUUGUUGUUGACUACUAUGACAGAUUGUAGAUAUAAAUUUUACCUGUAUUUCUUAUGUGAGAGUCUGUAAUUAAACAUGGAGUGAUAUUCUCUAA